UACUAUCAUUUCUAUGUCUUCAAAUUGACGAGUAUAGAUCUAGAUCUAGAUGUUUCUAGAUCUAGAUUUUUAUCUUUGUGGUUGUGCUACCUAAUUAAUUGUUAGAUAUAAUAAUAUUUAUUCAUUUUCAAUAACGACCGCAAUUUUGAAACGUAAACUGCUAGAGAGUACAAUACAAACCCCAUACACUGUUUUGUUGUACACAACACAAACGUUCGCGUGUGCCUGGUGUGGUUUGUCUUGUUGUCAUUUCUGACUUCUGAAUAGCCUGCGGUCAAUGGUGCUGGAACAAAUAAUCUUCAUUAUUAACACUGACAGCAGCCAUGCAGGCAGACACCUCUAUUGAUGAAGAAGAAUACACUCUGAGGAAGCGUCUGCCACCAAGGUUUCCUCUUCGAUUUAAUGAUGUGUACGUCUCGGAGAAAACCAACUUCAAGGCCCAAGAAGCCAAGUGCCAGAAACUUCUUGACCAGGGCAAUGAGGUCAUCAUUCACGGACUGGGCAAAGCUGUUAACAGAGCUAUCAACUUGGCGUUACAGCUCAAGAACAAAGGUGUCGGUACCGUUAAGUUAUGUGUGCAAACUUCCACAGUAGAUCUCACAGACGAUCUUAUUCCGGAGACGGAUGGAGGUGAGGCAAAAUCCUCAACCCGCAGUAACUCGGCAAUACACAUUCGGGUCUACAGGGAAAUGGAAGAUACUGACCAGAAAAGGAGUGAGGCGCAAGCUGCUCAGAUGUCUAGUGGAAAGUCUUAGCAAUAGCCUGUCACUUCAUUUGUUGUACUUUUAUUAGUUCGUAAAUUAUUUAUUACUCAGUAAGCAAAAAUGAAAUCUGUUAGGUUGAGAAAAAAAAAAAUCAACUUCAAGUUUAGUCUGUUUCUGAAUUAAAACCCCCCCAAAAAACAGUUUUUGUACUAACAGGAUAUCGGCUGUAGCAGCAGGCUUAAAGUAAAUCUCAGUGUCCGAUCUGAUCUUUUGUAAAAAUUGUGAGAAAGUUAUCUUUAAGCACGUAUUCGGACAGACAUGCUUGUCUAUAGCAGUGGUCUAACCAUCGACAAAAUCCUAAAGCAAAUAGACAAGAAAGCAGAAAAAUAGCAAAUGAAGCAAAGCAACAUCCAACAAGGCUAUGUGCAGAGAUGUCACCUACACUGUAGGCUAAAUUUGAUUGUGUACUCAUUUUAAUUUUUAUGAUGUUUGAUACUGUAUGUGCAGGGGGGGGGGGGGGGGGGGGGGGUUAAACUGGAUGCACUUUGAUGUUGGCGCAAAUUUUCCAAUCAGUGACUUUGUGUGACCUUGGUGUGGCACUACAUAGUCACAAUGUCUUCCCAUGGACUGGUGAGACUUGUAACGGGAAUAAAUGACUGAAUGAAAUAGAGACACUGAGUGCUAGAUCUACGACAGAUGCAUGACUAUGAGUGUUCCUUUUCCCUACUCUGUUCACUAUUUGAAUAUAUAUGGAAAGUUGUAAAGCAUAGAGAGCAUGCUGUGGAUUAUAUUAUGGAUGUGCACCAUUAAAUGCCGUUGUCAUUAUAAUAAUAACUUUUUAACCCAUGCAUGUCAAAUGAUGUGUAGUCAACCUCUAUUAGACUAAAACUAAGAUAAGCCUUAAACAAAAAGAAAGAUAAAGAUGAAG